UGCGUGAGGAGGCUCCGCGGUGAAGGCGGAGAGCACGUCAGCCGCUAGGCCUCGGCCGCGUCCCUGCAGCCACAUGGCCUCCGGAGUGGGCGCGGCCUGCGAGGAGCUGCCUCCCGACGGCACGUGUGACGAGUGCGAGCCCGACGAGGCGCCCGGGGCGGAGGAGGUGUGCCGCGACUGCGGCUUCUGCUACUGCCGCCGCCACGCCGACGCGCACCGCCAGAAGUUCCUCAGCCACCGCCUGGCCGAGUACGUCCAUGGCGCCCCGGCCUGGGCCCCGGCGGCCGCCCGCGAGGACGACGGCGCGGCCCCCGAAGACGCCGUCGAGGCCAAAGGGGAGCCCGAGGGAGAGGGAGAGGGAGAGGUAGAGAGCGAGGUGGGCGAAGAAGAGAGCGAGUCAGAGGAGGAGGAGGAGGAGGACAGCGGUGAGUCGGAAGAGGAGGAGAGCGAGACCGAGGAAGACAGCGAGGACGAGAGCGAGGAGGAGAGCGAAGAAGACAGCGAGGAGGAGAUGGAGGAUGACCAGGAGAGCGAGGCGGAGGAAGACAACCAGGAAGGAGAAUCCGAGGCAGAGGGAGAAACUGAGGCAGAAAGCGAGUUUGACCCCGAAAUAGAGAUGGAGGCGGAGAGAGUGGCCAAGAGGAAGUGUCCGGACCAUGGGCUGGAUCUGAGCACCUACUGCCAGGAAGACAGGCAGCUCAUCUGUGUCCUGUGCCCAGUCAUUGGGGCUCACCGGGGCCACCAGCUGUCCACGCUAGAUGAGGCCUUCGAAGAACUGAGAAGCAAAGAUUCGGGUGGACUGAAAGCAGCUAUGAUAGAGUUGGUGGAAAGGUUAAAGUUCAAGAGCUCAGACCCUAAAGUAACUCGAGACCAGAUGAAGGUAUUUAUACAGCAAGAAUUUAAGAAAGUUCAGAAAGUGAUUGCUGAUGAGGAGCAGAAGGCCCUUCACUUAGUGGACAUCCAAGAAGCAAUGGCCACAGCUCAUGUGACUGAGAUACUGGCGGACAUCCAAUCUCACAUGGAUAGGUUGAUGACUCAGAUGGCCCAGGCCAAGGAACAACUUGAUACCUCUAAUGAAUCAGCUGAGCCAAAGGCAGAGGGUGAAGAAGAAGGACCCAGAACCUUGGUUACCAAUGUGAAACUUGAAUACCUCAGAAGGGAACUGCUGAAUGAUGUGAUGUGAACAUCUAAAUGAAUACACACAUGGUGCCAGUGAAGAAGAGGACACAUGAAGACUUACCAUUCCCCGUGGAAAACACCCCUUCCCCGUGUGUAUGUGACAGCGUGUAUGUAAUGGCUUCUGAUAUCUGUGAAAGCUGCCUGGCAACAAACUUCUUCCACUGGAUAUGUCCCCAGAUCCACAGCAGGCACACAUGUCUCCAAGGGACAACAAGUUUUAUGCAUACUGAGUGUGUGCUUCUUGUUCUCUUGUGGUAGGUCACAGGAAGAGCCCCUUUGAUCAACUUGGAGGGCUCUUCAGGCAACUCCCCAAAGGCUGCUUUGAACUUACUCAGGAAAGCCAGCCCCUGGAAUAUUGUGCAAGUCAACAGUAUCACUUCCUUAGGAAGGUUCUAGAAUAUCUUGAAAGGAAAUCAGUUUUUUCCUUACCUGCAAACAGAAAACCCACUUUGUUCGUACUGAAGCCUAAAGCAAGUAUGGCCAUACUGACUCAUCCGACAGUCUCUCGUAGUCCAUUUCUGCCUUUGUGGAAGGCGUUAGGACAGCUGGGUGGAAAAUGGGAUUGAAGAAAUAGUCCAGAGCUGGAAAGAAGAUAUUUUUAGUACUUGAGGUUAUCUGGGACUUGAGAUUCAUAAUUCAGUGCUGUGGAAAUGGAAAAAGUGAUUGAAGAGAUAGAAAGGAAAUGACUUUAAGGAGUGUGGAGGGGGAGGAGUAAAGAAAUCUGAUCGAAAGUUGAAAUCAGUGUUUCAGAAUUCAGAUUGCCCAAAUUUUCCAAAAUGGUCACUAAAGUGUCUGAUAAAACCUGAAAUCUUGGGCUAACUGUAUGGAUUAAUCGGCCUGUCACAACAUAAAAGACUGGCAUGUAUAUCGCCAAGUGGGAAUUGUCACUGUAAAAUGUACCAGUUCCACCCCCAGGUUAGCCUAAAGUGGCUUCAGUGCUCUGUGAGAAGAAUCCUUGCCACUCGCUGGCUGGCUGGAUUCAUGUCCAUCUGCCAGCAAACAUUCCCUCUAUUUGCUACAGUUGGAAUCCUCCCUCCCCCUACAACAGGCCUUCAGUUCACCUCCCAUACUCCAGCUCUCCUCUCCGAUAGAGUAUGAGCAGGCAUGCCCCAGAGCUGGAUUUCCUGGCCUUCUCCCAUUCUCAGAUCACAGUUCCUUACAACCACACUUUUCAGGGUCAAGGAAGCAGUGGUGUGCUGGAAGAUACCCAACUGCAAGCUCACACACACCACUUCUUGUUGAGACAUGAGUUUUUCUUACCAAAUGAUUUGAAGUCGAGGAGAACCUUAUUUUUAAUAGAACAAACAGGUUAGAGAAGAGAAUGUUCAUACACUUCAACUGUUAAGAGAAGAUAGGAGACUUGGAAGGUGACUCUUGUUUGCAAGUGGGCAGUGUAUUCCCUCUCCUCUGCUUGUGUGGUAUUUCUAUGUUCCCAUUGAGAUUCUGUCUGAACUGGAUUCAAGCAGCCUUGGGGUUGCUGUUGACCAAGGUCUGUUUCCAGUGUCUCUGAGGCAGAUCCAAGGAGUCUGCCUUGGGGGAAAUCCCCCUUUCCUUGCCUGUCUGCUUGCCUGCCUAUAACCUGUGUACUUACCACAAAGCUUUAGGGGCAGCUGAUGUGUGUGUGUGUACAGGAUAGUUCUGAGGCAGAAACAACAUGUGCUUACUGUAGGAGUCCUAUUUAUAUCAUUGUUCAAUCCUGUGCAUGCUAGAAAAUUUAUUCCUUUGAGGACAGGAAACUGCCAAGCCUAUAUGCUCUAGGUUAGGAUUACCCUAGCUCACUACACAUAUAAGGAUAUUAGGGCAGAGAUGGUUGAAGAUCUCAUUCCCAAACUGGUGACUAGUAGGUGGCUUAGACAGUUUUGAUGCUUUACCAUCUGUCUGCAAAGACUGGAGAAUUUAAUGCACCCUGAGUUAAUAACCUCCAAUGAUAUCCUGUUUAAAAAAAAUCUAAAAGAAGGAUCAAAAACACUCUAAAACAAAUGUGGAAAAUCCGAAAAUUGAAAAGGCUUCAGAAUUUGGAAGCUUGUGUUGUCUUUCCCCAGUAAUCAUUGUUUGAUCUAUAUAUGUUGACCUUGUAUUACCAAUGGACAGAUCAUUGGCUUUCCAUACCUAAUCAUGCUAUUACUUUAUAUCAGUAUUUUGGGAAUCCAAGCAUUUAUGUAGUGGUUAUAAACAGAAAUAUAAAAAUAUUUGCCAACCUGUCUCUCUAAAUUAUCUGUCCGGAAUCCUCAAGGAAAGCAUUUCCCCUUUAUUUUGAACAAGUUUUGGAUUUGCUUUCUGGGCUCCUGCUGUCUCCAGCACCUGGUGAAACUUUAACCAGGAAAGCAUCAAACAGCAGCUUCUGCCCAGGUCCCAAAGUACCUGUGGCUGCAUUUGUCAGUGUGAGAUGUAGGAUGCCUUCUGCAGUGGCGCCAGCUUCGUUCUCUGAGCUAGGCCCUGUUGCUUGGCCUUGUGCCCCAUCAUGAGGAAGCUUCCUGCCUUCCAGGUCAGUGUGAGUUAGAGUUGUGUGUCCUGACUGACUGUGGACAGCAGAGUUUACCCAGAUCCCUGGGGAGAUAUCAUCACGUGAUUCAGGUAAAGAACAUCUCCAGAAAUGAGUUGGGUACCCACAGGAAGUACUGGCAGCCUCUGAGUACUUAGAGGGAUUUGAUCUUUGAUUUGGACAGUUCUAAGAAGUGUUUAACUUCUCAGCUGGACAACCAGGACAAGAAAGUACCCGAGGACAGGCUGUGAGCCAGGCUCUCUGUAGAUGUACCCAGGGCAAGCCACAUGUCUGUCGUUAAUAGGAAACACAGGAACCAGUUUUAAACAUGGUUCUCCCUGCUCUGCAGUCAGCCCUCUGCCCCAUACCACGACUCACCUACAGAUUCAGAGAGAGGAAGAGGCUUUCAGUUCCCCAGUGCAAUAUGCUCAUUCACAUUGUAAACUAUUUUUCAGAGACAUCAAGAUGGCCUUAUUCCUCUGCUUUAGUAGAUGUUUUAAAUACUCAUUGUUAACUUAAGGAGAUUUCCCCCUUCCAGGAGAUGGGGAGCCUUUUCUUUUCAGUGCCAUCCCCACAAAAGAAAAAAAGGUGGUAUUCAGCCCUCAAGAGUGUGAAGGUGACAGCAGUCUUCAAUAUCUCCUGCUUCAUUGCUAUAGAAAAGCAAAUCUUCAUAUUUUAGUAAACCCUGCUACCGUGUUCUGUACUCUGUGAGAAGGUGCCAAUUCAAAUCACUGACUUUGGACUCUUUUCCUGGUGUGUGUGUGUGUGUGUGUGUGUGUGUGUGUGUGUGUGUGUGUGUAAGUAAAUGGGAGUGAGAUUUAUAUACACGUGCACAUACCAUACUGCUUAAUUAUUUUAGAGUUAAAUGAGAAAGACUCACAACUGCCCCUGCUGAUCUUAUAUACCACCACAAAGGUUUCUUCUAAGUCCAUACAAUGUCAGCAGAUAAUUGGAGUGUGAGUGCUGGCUUUCCAGAAUAGCCCCUAGUGGUAGGUGUCAACUUUUAAAGCACUGAUCCAGGGUGACAGCCAGGAAGGAAAUUGCACCCCACCCAUUUCCACCAUGUCUAAUAACAUGGGAAAUUUAGAUGCCUUGUCAUUUUGGUGACUUGGAUCAUUUUGGUCAUUCCAUUUGGGCCUGAGUGUACAGCUUAUAACCUUGUAGUAGUCAGAGGUCUAGGAAGUCCUGUCUCCCCACAGAGAAAAUGUCCUGCUGAUUCCUGACAUUCUACUCUCAUGUAAUAGCUUUUCAGUAAAUCGGUUGUAUGUUUACUGUGGGCUGAGCACAUUUAGAAUUUUGUUUGCUUGUUUUUUAAAGACAAAAAUCCCAUUAUAAAUCAAGUCCAGCCUUGCCCUAAGGGAAUAGGCCCAGAGGGAGAUUGCAGAUCUCACUGACACUGCCUUCACCCCAGCAGUAUUUCUGAGGCCCCCACCCUAUGGAAUUCCAGGAGCCACAGGAGCUGGGUAGUAUCCAGGAAAACAGGAGAUCAUUUUGAUCAUUUGGUCUCACAUUACCAUGUGAGGCUGAGAACACACCAGAAACACCAGAACUAGGGGCCAGAGCAGGAAAGUGAAAAUAAAUGAAGACAUUUGGAGGCGCACUGAUGGAGAAACAGCUAGAGUCCAUGCUAGACUUGAUGUGACUUUGAGGGGACCAUUGAUGUAUCCUUUAUGGAAGUUAAACCUGACCAGUCUUUUUACAGUGACAAGCCACAACGCGUGAGUGGGUAGAGCCAACGAAUCCAUUGUCUUCUGCCUGUUUUCGUGUACACAGUCACAUUCCCUCCUUAGUCAUCGUCCCCUGCCACCCUUUCCACUAAACAAGGGAACACUCAAUCUUUCAAGGGAAUUGCAUAUCUGAGUUAAUGUUUCAGUAUAUCAUUUUCAUACUGUAAAUUAUUUUGUAAGAGAGAUUUACUGCUAUCCCAGGAUGUUCAGACUUGGCGCCCCUGUGCAUUUGGAAAUCAAUAAACUAUUACUGGAAAUAC